GCCAAGAAGAUGAGACGGCUUCCGAAGAGAUAUCGUCCAACGCUUGCGAGAAGAUAUUUGCAGGACCUUUUGCCUCUGACAGGAAUAAAGACGCCACUGGCUUGUCCAGAGUGGCAACUACCAGAAAGUGUUCAUCCAAGGAUCUCGUUGAGAAUACGUCUGGAGCAUGCUGGUUUGACGCAUCUGACUAUCGGAAAGAAAUCAGUGACAUCCAGCUUCAUGGAGAGGAACGAGCUAUCCACCGAGCAGAUCUCCUUUGUUUUAACGGUGUUUGGCGCUGCGGAAGUAGCCGGCAAAAUCGCCUUCGCCAUGUUUGGAGAUCGCUUGCCCUGUCUGAAGAUGUACGUGAUAGUGACGUCCUCGCUUUGUGGCGCUGUUGUCUCAGCCUUCCUGACGCUCUGUUCAACUUUUCAGCAGAUGAUGUGCUUAUCAAUCGCAUGGGGCCUCUGUCGAGGAGGAUGUUACGGUGCGUCUAUGGCAGCUGCUAACGAGUUAUUUCGGAGCUACGGUCCUCGUGUCGUUACUGCAAUCGCUUUGUUUGGAUUCGGUCUGGGGAGUCUGAUGGGCGCCCCGAUCUUAGGCGGGUUGUACGACCUAACUGGCGACUACACAUUCAGUCUCUUCGUCCUUGUGGGCAGUUUCUCGCUCUCCGUCCUUUGCGCGGUAUUGAUUCCCGCCAAAAGAAAGUUACAGCGGCGUUGGUGUGUCUCGCGAGAUGCAAUGGAGAAUAAAAGGCACCACAACAAGUCGAGUGACACUGUUUACUUGGAGAAACCGAACACCGCAGAGUUGGGAACGCCUAACCCGGCGUAUGAAAGCGAGUGUUGAACAGAGUUGUGGUUGAGUCAGUUACAACCUUAAUUCACAAAGAAAACCACAAAACUAAAAACCACAAAUCUAUCACAAGUCUAGUCGCAGGCCAAUCACAAGUCAAUCACAAAUGAAAUCACAAUUUAAAACACAAGUCAAUCAUCAGGUAAAUCACACACGCCAAUCACAAGUGAAAUCACAAGUGAAAUCACAAGUUAAAAAACAAGUUCAUCAUUAAAGUCAAAUCACAAGCCAACCACAGUUCAAUCACAAUUUAAAUCACAGUCCACUAUAGGCCAAACCACACGCUCAUCAUAAAUCAAAUCACAAGUCCAUCACAAGUCAAAUCGCAAGUCAAUCAUAAGUCAUAUCACAAGUCCGUUCUAAGACAAAGCAUACGCUCAUCAUAAGUCAGGUCACAAGUCCGUCAUAUGUAAAAUCUCAAGUUGUUCACAAUUCACACCACAAGUUGGUGGCGGGUUAGCUCACUUUUGAAAGGGGACAAUGCCAUUCUCAAAGUUCAUAUGAAUUACCUGUGAUUUGACCUGACACUAAAAUGACUGUGAAUUGACAUUGGAAAACUUGUGUGGACUUGACUAAAAAUCUGAUGUUGCGUCAAGACAAAAAUCCACUGCUGGCCAGUUUGAUGGUAUUUUAAUAUGUAUAUCUUAACUAUUUUCUUUCUCCAAAUGUUUACUUAUUGAUCAAAGAAUGGGAUGCUCUGGUUCCAUGCAGAUUUGACAUGAAAUGAUCGUAGACAGAAUGUGAUAAAACAGAGUCUUUAAUAAUCCGUCCAAAUAAUCCGUAACUGCAUUGUGGAAAGGAAAAGUAUGACUGAUUAGGGCCUUAUGGUAUUUUAUCUGGGUUUUGAAACCUUCUUAGAAUUGUUUUCAAAGUGUGGACAUUUCGUCGCAUAUCACUGUCUUUCAUUGUCUGAGUAAGAAACGUUACCGAUCAAGUACACGUAUGAAAGUGACUUACAUUUUUGCCGUCAAAGUUAUAUCUUGCAAUUAACUUCGAUUCACUAGAUGGUAAAGCUAUAUAAUCACCACUUAAUCUAUGGUUCAGCAGAAGGGCACCCAAAAUCAACCCAAGUAGCAUUACAUCGCUUU